AUGCCUCCCUCUGAGAAGAAGUGGGACGCCAACGCCGAGCGUGACCUGUGCGUCGCAGUGAUCAUGGGUGCUCAAGACGGUGAGCGCAUGCGCUUCAACUGGCCAAAGGUCCAUGCCUCGAUGGCAGCCCUUGGUUAUUCCUUCACCAAGGACGCCAUCUCUCAGCAUUUCAGCAAGUCCAUCAUGCGCGAUUUCAAGGGUCGACAUGGCGAUCCUGCCAAUAGCACCCCUACUGCUACACCCAAGAAGGCUGCCACCCGCCGCAAGCGAUCUACUCCUGCUAAGAAGAAAAUCGAGAUGUUGGACGAGGAGGAUGAUGAUGCGGAGACCAUGGUCGGAUCUCCUGUCCAUAAGAAGAUGAAGCACAAGGACGAGGACGAUGAAGAGGAUCUCAAGACAUCCGUUGGUAUCCAGGGCAAGCCUGGGGGCAGCCUUUCUCCUGCUGAGAAGGAAGCCAAGUUUGAGAACUGGCUUGCCAACGUUGACGGUGCUUAG